GGAAGAUGCCUCCCAGGCCGUCCUCAGGGGAACUAUGGGGCAUCCACCUGAUGCCUCCUAGGAUCUUGGUGGAUUGCCUGUUGCCCAAUGGAAUGAUUCUAACCUUGGAGUGCCUCCGUGAGGCCACUCUCAUUACCAUCAAACAUGAGCUCUUUAAAGAAGCCAGAAAGUAUCCCCUCCAUCACCUCUUGCAGGAGGAGACGUCUUAUAUCUUUGUCAGUGUUACUCAGGAAGCCGAGCGGGAGGAGUUCUUUGAUGAGACACGAAGGCUGUGCGACCUCAGAUUGUUUCAGCCUUUCCUCAAGGUCAUUGAACCAGUUGGCAACAGAGAGGAAAAAAUCCUGAACAGAGAAAUCGGUUUUGCCAUCGGUAUGCCAGUGUGUGAGUUUGACCUGGUGAAGGACCCUGAAGUCCAGGACUUCAGGAGAAACAUCCUGAAUGUGUGCAAAGACUCUGUGGAGCUGAGAGAUGCCAGUGGACCCCACAGCAGAGCCCUCUAUGUGUAUCCACCCAACGUCGAAUCCACGCAAGAACUCCCCAAACACAUUUACAACAAAUUGGACAAAGGUCAAAUUAUUGUUGUCAUUUGGGGGAUUGUUUCUCCAAAUAACGACAAACAAAAGUAUACAUUGAAGAUCAACCAUGACUGUGUGCCUGAACAGGUGAUUGCGGAGGCCAUUCGGAAGAAAACGCGCAGUAUGCUGCUCUCCCCUGAGCAACUGAAGAUGUGUGUUCAGGAAUAUCAGGGUAAAUACAUCCUCAAAGUUUGUGGCUGUGACGAGUACCUGCUGGAAAAGUAUCCAAUCAGCCAAUAUAAGUACAUCCGCAGUUGUAUCAUGCUGAGCAGGAUGCCAAACCUGAUGCUGAUGGCCAAGGACAGCCUGUACACCCAGUUGCCUACUGAUAACUUUGUCAUGCCUUCAUACUCGCGUCGCAUCUCCACGGCGUCAUCGUACAUGAACGGCGAGGCGGUCGCCAAGUCGCUCUGGACCAUCAACGGAACGCUGCGAAUACGGAUCCUCUGUGCCACCUAUGUUAACGUCAACAUCAGAGACAUAGACAAGAUUUAUGUGAGAACGGGUAUUUACCAUGGAGGAGAACAGAUGUGCGACAAUGUGAACACGCAGAGAGUGCCCUGCUCUAACCCCAGGUGGAAUGAGUGGCUGACCUACGACAUGUACAUCCCAGAUGUCCCGCGAGCUGCCAGACUUUGCCUUUCCAUUUGCUCAGUCAAAGGCAGGAAAGGAGCAAAAGAGGAGCACUGUCCACUGGCUUGGGGCAACGUCAACUUGUUUGACUACACACACACUCUGGUGGCAAACAAGAUGGCACUCAACCUGUGGCCUGUUCCUCAUGGCCUUGAAGAUCUUCUCAAUCCCAUCGGGGUCACAGGCUCCAACCCCAAUAAGGAAACCCCGUGUCUGGAGCUGGAAUUUGACCACUUCAGCAGUCCGGUUAAAUACCCCGAUAUGAACGCUGUGGAGGAUCAUGCGAACUGGACCAUCUCGAGAGAACUUGGCUUCAACUACAACCUCUCGGGACAGAGCAACCGGGUGGCGAGAGAUCAUGCCCUGACCGAGGGCGACCUCGACCAGCUGAGACAGCUCAGCAACAGAGACCCGCUCUCAGAAAUCACCGAACAGGAGAAAGACUUCCUCUGGAGACAUAGGCACUACUGCAUGAAUUUCCCCGAGAUCCUUCCCAAGAUCCUUCUCGCUGUCAAAUGGAACUCCAGAGAUGAAGUAGCACAGAUGUACUGCCUUUUGAAGGAAUGGCCGUCCAUCCGUCCGGAGCAAGCCAUGGAAUUGUUGGACUGUAACUACCCGGACCCCAUGGUUAGACACUUUGCCGUACGCUGCCUUGAUAAAUACCUGACCGAUGACAAACUGUCUCAGUACCUCAUCCAGCUUGUACAGGUUAUAAAAUAUGAGCAGUACCUUGACAAUCCUCUGGCCCGCUUUCUACUGAAAAAGGCCCUCACGAAUCAAAGAAUAGGACAUUUUUUCUUUUGGCAUCUCAAGGCCGAGAUGCACAACAAAACGGUGAGCCAAAGGUUCGGUCUACUCCUGGAGGCUUACUGCCGGGCCUGCGGCAUGUACCUCAAACACCUCAGCAGGCAGGUGGAGGCCAUGGAGAAGCUCAUCAAUCUCACCGAUAUCCUCAAACAGGAGAAAAAGGAUGAGACGCAGAAGGUUCAGAUGCGCUUCCUGGUGGACCAGAUGAAAAGACCAGACUACAUGGAUGCGCUACAGAAUUUCACCUCUCCCCUUAACCCCGCACACCAACUAGGCAACCUGAGGCUCGAGGAAUGCAGGAUCAUGUCAUCGGCAAAAAGGCCCUUGUGGCUCAACUGGGAAAAUCCCGACAUCAUGUCCGAGCUCCUCUUUCAGAACAACGAGAUUAUCUUCAAAAAUGGAGACGACCUGCGCCAAGAUAUGCUGACUCUGCAGAUUAUCAAAAUCAUGGAGAACAUUUGGCAGAAUCAGGGACUUGACCUGCGCAUGCUGCCCUACGGCUGCCUGUCAUUAGGAGACUGCGUGGGUCUCAUCGAGGUGGUUCGCAGCUCACACACCAUCAUGCAGAUUCAGUGUAAAGGUGGCUUGAAAGGAGCUUUGCAGUUCAAUUCAAACACUCUGCAUCAGUGGCUCCGAGAUAAGAACAAGGGCGAGAUGUAUGACAUGGCUGUGGACCUUUUCACAAGGUCCUGUGCUGGCUACUGUGUAGCUACGUUUAUUCUUGGGAUUGGAGACAGGCACAACAGCAACAUUAUGGUCAAAGAUGAUGGGCAGUUAUUUCAUAUCGACUUUGGACACUUCCUGGAUCAUAAGAAAAAGAAGUUUGGCUACAAGAGAGAGCGAGUGCCCUUUGUGCUGACACAAGACUUCCUCAUCGUCAUCAGUAAGGGCUCCCAAGAGUGCGCCAAGACCAAAGAGUUUGAGAGGUUCCAGGAAAUGUGUUAUAAAGCCUACCUGGCCAUCCGGCAGCAUGCCAACCUGUUCAUCAACCUGUUCUCCAUGAUGCUGGGCUCCGGCAUGCCCGAGUUACAGUCGUUUGAUGACAUCGCCUACAUUAGGAAGACCUUGGCCCUGGAAAAAACAGAACAGGAGGCCUUGGACUAUUUCAUGAAACAGAUGAACGACGCUCACCAUGGCGGUUGGACCACCAAGAUGGACUGGAUUUUCCACACAAUUCGACAGCAUGCACUUAACUAAGCUAAGCCGCACACAAACAAACUUUUUUGGUUGUUUUCAGCUUUUCCCAGCAUGCCCGUGGCCUUCGUUGAGGAUAAGCGGCUUGCAUCAUGGAUGAUGGAUAUUAUUUAUUUUAUUUUUUUGCCAACGUGAUUGAUUUCUUUAUUCUGGUGGCAAUGAUGCCAUUUUUGGAAGUCACACUUCCUGGAAGCUCUUCCUUGGGAUUUUUUUUUAAUAUAUAACACUGGAAAACCCAAAUGCCCAUUGCACUUCUACACUUCUGGAGGAAAACUACCAAUUGGUUUCAGCAUUAUUCUUCAUCGAGCUACAAAUGUAGCCACUUGUCUUGCUGCUUGUUGAGUGCUGCGCUGUGGCCUCACUCUGUUUUCCCGGGAAACAUUUCCUUGCCAGUGCCAACAAGAAGAGGACAGGAAAAAAAAUGACAAAGUUUGACUUCAAUAUGGGGACCUGUGAUGGUCGCCUGUGCACUUAGCCUUCCGUCUUCCACCGUGUUUGUGGUGAAACUGCCCCUGUUAAGGCUCCAAGACGUAUUGUUUGUUUCCUCCCCCCCCCAACCUCUUAGAAACAGCACUCCACCCUCGGGGGCAUUUGUUGGUGGUGCACCUUCAGACUUUUCAACCAACUUCAGGGUGAUUGUUGCCUCUUUAUCAAAACCAACAUUUUGGGGGGAAAAAUAAACACACACACACACACACACAAACGUCGCUCUAUGAUGACUUUGGAAAGGAUGUUACAGGUAUGUACGGGUUUCAGCCACUUUUUCAGUUAGCCUGCAUGCCGCUUCUUCGAUCCGUCUUCGGUUUCUCAGUGUCAGUGACGUGUUUGUCAUAUUUGUGUCAUGGGACAGAUUCCAGGCUAUUGUUAAUUUUUUUUUUUUUUUUUUAAGUUCUGAGACACUUUGAACUAUAGCAAUGUAGGCACUCCUUCUGUCUUUUUUUACGGCUAUUAUUCCUGCAAUGACAGGAGUGUUGCUUUCCUCUACGUGUUGUGAUGCAAAACGAACGGCGCGGCCAGUUUACGAGUUCCACAUUAGCAGGAGUCAAGGUGCGAUGUCACGUCUUCCUGUUGAUCAAAAUGCCUUGGCGUUGCCGCAUUACACUCCGCAUUCUUGCCCGCCAAAGCCCGGCACUGGCACUGUAUGAGAAUCCCGUCUUAUCCACUGCUUAAAUGUGCGGACGCCCACUGUCUUAGCCCGCCAUGAAACUAAACCUGCCCACUUGAGGCUCGACUGGAUUAUCGAGUCGAAGUUGUGCUCUGCUGUGAUGCCCAUUUUCGUUGCAGCAUGAGUGGCUUGAAUGUAUUUCAUUGAUACCACAAACCAGAUGUGCAGUCGCUGUUUAUCAUGAGCUCAGAUGCAGUUUUUACUUUCCUUGGGGAGGGGGGUGUCAAAGUUCAUCAUGCAGUCAAGCAAAUCAGUGACAGACAGCAUGUUUCUGAAAUAGUUUUGUUGAUGAAGCAUUACGCAAUAUGUUUGUCCUUACCUGUUCAUGUGAUCGUCACGUACAUGUUCAUAUGUCUGCGCAGGUUGCAGAACGGAUUUGGCCUGUCCCACCAUGUGUGUGUGUCUGUAUAACGCCGUGUGUUGGCACCCCAACUCACCAUUGUUUUUUCCUUCGGUUUUUGCAUCGCUUAUCUUGAGAUGCAGAGAGGAGAGGAAAGACUACUAGAAUGAACCUCUUCGUUUUACUUCAAAACUGUGAACCACCGUCGGUGUAUUUUUCAAGUCGUGUCGAUAAAAGCAGUACAGUGUCUGUUUAUGAGCCACGUGUGUGUUUCGCUGGGCCUUGAGUGCUUGCAGCCUUGUCGUCAAGUUUCUCCUGCCAUGUUGUGAUGGUGAUCUGGCAUCAAGGCGACUCUCCCAUGAGGCAUGUCGAUACAUUUCACUUUUUUAUUCUUAACCCAAGCCUCAAAAUGAUGAUUCCCAGCAGAUUACGUGUGCUGAAAAUAUGACGUAGGACUUUUAAAAUGCUAAACAAAAAAGCAGCUUUUAAAAAUCUAGCUUUCCUGCCUAAUAUAUGAGCAAAUCUACCCUAUAUAAUGCACAGGGAUGAUCUACAGUCAGUUAGAGUAUUGUUAACUGCGAUUGGCUCGGAUGGGUCGUGUCAACAAAUACCUAAACAAUACACAAACACACACGCACACGCAAAGAACGCAAAUCCAAUGCAAUACGAGUGCACAACACACUAAUGUGAAAUGAAGAAAUAGUUGUAAUGUUUCGCUUGUUGUCUAUGUUCAUUUUUUUUGUCAAACCUUUUCGCUCCCUCCUGAACCUGCUCGUUGUGAAUGUAACCGUUGAUGUUGUCCAGCAUUUUGAAUGGCUUGAAACAUGAGCGCGGCUUGUGAGGGUUUGAAACUUCUCCACUUGGAGAAACGCAGGAAAAACGGUGUCGACUACCAACUGUCAACAUUUUUCUUGAAAUGACCCCAAAGUCACUGAUGCAGCGAUUAUGUGGUCAUCAGCCUUUUUUUUUUUAAUAUGCAGUGUUGUUUAUUGUACAUGUCCCACAUUUCCAUCAGAUGACAUGCUGACAAGACAAAACCUUAGCCUAUACUAUGAAUGUACAUUGGGCCAGUGUAUUCUUUUUUUUUUUUUUUUUUUCACAGCCUACCCGCAUGAAAUUGGAUGAAGGUAGAACGUGUCCUCGUUGCAAAGCACUCACACACACAUUUGAAAAUGAAUGCCUUAAGUUUGCUUCCUUCCAGAACACUUGACAGGUUCAUCUUCUCCUGAACACGUUUUUUUUUUAAAAUUUUGAAUUGUAUCCUUGUCUUUCUGUUUGGCUGACUGGUCACAGGGUAAAAGUUUGUAACUGGAUUGACUGACUGACCAUUGGAGCGUUCUGUGAAGAUGUACAAAUACAUUUGUUAAACAUUGA